AAGGCAUUGCCACAGUGCUGUUACAUGUUGAGUUUUGGAUAUACACCCAGUGACAAUGAAACAUCGGAAGUCCAGAACAAAAGUCGAUUGGAACUGAGUCGAACGCCCUGGUAUUUCGUCCCAGUUGACUACCUGUAGUUGCGCAUUGCUUCAGCGAGGUGAUCGUUGAACCCCCAAGUUGGUGUGGUCUUUCAUUGAUUCUGUUAUGUUCAUCGACAGAAUCUGGUUUACCUGCUGUUUUGAAUUAAAUUGGCAUUCGGUGUGCAAGCUCCUUAAAAGAGAAUUUGGAUCGUACCAUUUGAUUUAAACGAAAAACAGAACCAUGUCUUCCAUGCAGUUUCUUACAAGGUCAUCCUUGCCUCGCCUGGCCUAUUAUAGGAUCGCAGCAAAAAACCCUGGAGUUGUGUUCCUCUCCGGAUUCAAAUCCAACAUGAAUGGGGAGAAAGCGUUGGCUUUGGAAGCAUUUUGUGAUUCAGCAGGCUAUUCCUUUAUCAGGUUUGAUUACACCGGCUGUGGUAGCUCAGAAGGAAAUUCUGAGGAUUGCUUGUUAAGGGAUUGGAAGAAUGAUGUACUAACAGUCUUGGAUAAUCUUACCACAGGACCACAGAUUCUGGUGGGCUCCAGCAUGGGAGGAUGGCUCAUGUUACUGGCUUCCCUUGCCAGACCAGAGAAAGUAGCUGGAAUGGUUGGCCUAGCAACAGCUGCUGAUCACUUUGUAACUGCGUUUAGACAGCUUCCCGCAGAGUUGAAGAAAGAAGCUGAGGUGAUGGGCCAAUUCAACAUGCCCUCCAGGUACAGUGUCACUGGCUACCACACCAUAAAGUAUGAUUUUGUAAAGGAGGCAGAGGGGCACUGUUUGUUACAGGGCAGCAUCCCAAUCUCAUGCCCAGUGCGGCUCCUCCAUGGAAUGAAGGAUGAUAUAGUCCCAUGGCAGAAUUCCAUCACUGUUGCGGAACAGCUUGCAAGCGAUGAUGUCGAUGUCAUUUUCCGGAAGAACGGUGACCAUCGCCUGUCACAGCCUGAUGACUUGAAGCUGCUUGUUGCCGUCGUUGAUGACCUUAUGCAAAAAUUAACAAAGAAAGAUCUGAAGUGACUAGCCAUGCCUUGGAGUUGCAGUGAUCCACGUUCAAUCCGGACCUUGAGUCCUAUUUGUGUUAAGUUUAUAUCUCAUGGGAUGGAUCUCCCUUCUAGAGUUGUAAAGUCAUAGAGCACUGUAGCCUGUCUAGUCUAUGCUGAACUGUUACUCUUCGUAGUCCUAUCCAACUGCAUCUGGACCACAGCCCUCCAUACCCCUCCCAUCUAUGUACAUAUCCAAACUUCUCUGAAAUGUUGAAAUCAAACCUAUAUCCACCACUUCCGCUGACAGCUCUGCCUUAAGUACACCCAAUGACCUGGCAUCCACAGUUGCAUGUAGCAACAAAUUCCACAAAUUCACCACCCUCUGGUUAAAGAAAUUUCUCCACAUCUGUUUUAAAUGGACACCUCGCUAUCCUGAGGCUGCGUCCUCUUGUCCUGCGUCCCCCACCAUGGGAAACAUCUUUUCCACAUCUACUCUGACUAGGCCUUUCAACAUUCAAAAGGUUUCAGUGAGAUUCCCCCUAGCCCUAACCCCCUCACCCUUCUAAACUUCAGCAAGUACAGACUCAGAGCUAUCAAAUGUUCCUCGUACGAUAACUUUUUCAUUCCUGGAAUCAUCUUGUGAACCUCCUCUGAACCCUCUCCAAUGCCAUCACAUCUUUUCUAAGAUGAGGAGACCAAAACUGUUCACAAUACUCAAGGUGAGGCCUCACCAGUGCCUUAUAAAGCCUCAGCAUCACAUCCCUGAAUCCCUGUAUUCCAGACCUCUUGAAAUGAAUGCUGACAUGGUAUUUGCCUUCCUCACCAGUGACUCAACCUGCAAGUUAAUUCUGCACAAAGACUCCCAAGUCCCUUUGUAUCUCAGAUUUUUGGAUUUUCUCCGUUUAGAAAAUAAUCUGCACAUUUAUUUCUACUAUCAAAGUGCAUCACCAUGCCUUUUCCAACAUUAUAUUUCACUUGCCACUCUCUUGCCCAUUCUCCUAGUCUAAGUCCUUCUGCAUCCUACCCGUUUCCUCAACACUACCUGCCCCUCCACUAAUAUUCAUAUCAUCUGAAAACUUGGCAGCAAAGCCAUCUAUUCCAUCAUCUAAAUCAUUUAUCUACAGUGAAAAAGAAGCGAUCAUAACACUGACCCCUGUGGAACACCACUAGUCACUGGCAGCCAACCAGACAAGGAUCCUUUUAUUCCCACUUGCUGCCUCCUACCAAUCAGCCAAUGCUCCAACCAUGUUAAUAACUUUCCUGUAAUACCAUGUGCUCUUAACUUGGUAAGCAGCCUCAUGUGUGGCACCUUGUCAAAGGCCUUCUGAAAGUCCAAAUAAACAACAUCCACUGACUGUCCUUUAUCUAUCCUACGUGUAAUCUCCUAAAGAAUUCCAACAGGUUCGUCAGGCAGGAUUUUCCCUGAAGGAAACCAUGUUGACUUUGUCCUAUCUUGCCCUGUGUCACCAUGAACUCCAUAACCUUAUCCUUAGCAAUUGACUCCAACACCUUCCCAACCACUGAGGUCAGGCUAACUAGUCUAUAAUUCCCCUUUUGCUGCCUUCCUCCUUUCUUUAAGAGUGGAGUGACAUUUUCAAUUUUCCAGUCCUCUGGCACCAUGCCAGAGUCUAAUGAUUUUUGAAAAAACAUUACUAAUCUUCCACAAUCUCUAACACUAUCCCUUUCAGAACCCUAGGGUGCAGUUCAUCUGAUCUGGGUGACUUAUGUACCUUUUUGAGCACCUUCUCCCAAAAUAUAAAUAAAUAAAUAUAAAAUGGGGCUUUUUAUAAUGUCAAGCACUAAACCAAGAUGAAAGACAUACUGUAUAUGAAUUCCAGAGCUCCACAGAAAUAUAGUGAUAGUUAAGACAUUAACAAGAUUAUAGCCUAUCACUACAUUUCAGUGUAUAGCUGCUACAAUAAAACAUAUAAUACUUAAUAAUAUGACAAAGUAUUGCACGGUUGCACUAACUAAUUAUCAUAAAAUAUAAUUAUCAAGCAAGUAAAGAAUGUUGUUUGCUUAGAAGCCAUAGGGUCGUUAGUGAGAAAAUUUUACUUUUGUAUGAGCGAGUAAUCCACGGACCACCACAGAUGUAGCCUUACUAAUACGACUGAGUCGGAGCAGACAGCAAGGCCUGCAGCACUUAGCAGUGUUCCUAAGCAGGUAUAAAAAUACAGAAAUAAAGCAAAUAAGUUUCUUACACUUUUAGCCACCUAAAUUGGAACCAAGUAAUCAAGUAUGAAAAAAGAACAUCUAAUGAACUAUUGCUAAAGCCACGAAUAUUGCUGAAUAUUAGCAUUAAAAGCGGUAGGUUGGCAACUCUGCCUCAUACAGUUUCUCUUGCAGAAAUGGUUGGACAGGAAGUGUACCUGUGAGUGUUGAUACUCACAGUAUCCUCACACGUUGUGUAUUACAUGGUUAGACCAAUACAGAUCCUGUUUAGUCUUUAAAUAUAUAAAAAGUUAAAGAAACUUGAAUCUUUACAUAAAUUAUUAUGGUAUCUAUAUGAAUAGAAAAUAUCGUUUGGAAGUGACAAAUGUUAACAGGAAGAGAGCAACCAUUUGGGAGGUUUGGAAAUGGGUUCCAUGUCAUUCAUUGCCUCACUAAAUUUCUCUUUUUUCCUAUCAACACAAAGAGGAAAAAGAGCCUCUUUCCAAAAAACUAUAGUGGACACUGUAAAUUGCCCACUUGUUUAUUUUGACUUUUUUUUAUGGCGGUGCUGGAGCGGCACUCUGGUGAGCUCCGGCCGCAUUGCACCCCUGAUUUUUUUUCUCCACUGGGUGCUGGAUGAGCCCACCAACAGCAUGGUCGCCUGACAAAGGGUCAACGCGAGCGGCGCACAACCUUGUAGCGGGAAUCCCCACUGGAGAUUGCUUUGGGGACAGUCGAAUGCUGAUGGAGUUUGUGUGAUCUGUCAGUUGGUGUUUCUGAUUCUGAAAGAGGGAGAGGAGUAGGUGAAAACAUUUAAAAAAAAAUACAUUAUUGGAGUAUUUCUACACACUCUUGGUGCUUCCAGUAUGGGUCUGAGACAAGAAAAUGGAAAGAGGAAGCGUGCACGUUACUCUGGGUGUGGUUCUGACCCAGGGGAUACAGAGACAAGUUCCUGCAUGGUGCAGCUGGGGUGGAUCUGAACCACCAGAUACAGGGACGGUAUCAUGCAUGAUUGAUUCCGUUGUGCGUAUGGCAAAGAGAUAUGGAGAUUGGUACUAUGAAGUGCACACCUGUGAAUGGGGAACGGCAGGUUGAUCGAACAUUUUUUUCAUGAUCUUUGUUCCACGGGGUAUAGACUUUGUUGAGAACUCACCCACAAGCAUUUGUUGCAACAAGUAGCUGUUCUUCUAAUUGCACCGAAGACGGACAUGAUGCCGGAAAGUAACCGUGGUGUUCUCGGAACUCGGGAACACUGCAGUUUCAUGUUCUCUAUAGUGGAACAAGAACAGAAGGAGAUCGGUAUGUUGGGGUGAGUGGUUCUUUGAGAUUGGCAAUCUAUUUGCAAAUGUUUCAUCACUAUACGAGGGGACAUCAUCGACAUCUGAGCGUUUGACGCCCGAGUUUGUUGGAAAUAACUCGGAAAAUGCGCAGCCUAGGUAGUUAAAGGCUAUUCCUUUACAGAUGCUCUGUUACCAUCAUGACGAUGCCUCUUCAUAUGGUAACGAAACAUUUGCAAAUGGAUUGCCAAGCUUGGAGAACAACUCAUCUGAGCUACACAUUUUCCGAAUUAUUUCCAGUUCAGUGUGUGUCUGACAGCAAGACUGAGUGACGGGAUGGUGUGGUGAAAGCUUCACUUCGUGUCUGACACUAGGUUAGGGCUGUGUGGAGGGAGUUUAACUCUGUGUCUGACCCUGUGAUCUGUCCAACUGCAGAGGAUAGUUCUACUGACACUUUGUCCCAGAGGAUUGAGUGGAUGGUGUGCUCAGCGCUUGAUCCCCAGUGAUGGUAAGCAUCAAGGGAGUCAGUGUGUUUUAUGCCUGGUCCCGGCGGACAGUGGAGUGGAUAGAGGACUCACGGACAUUGUGUCAUUGUUGACCAUUUGACCCUGACAUUUACCCCUAUUGUAGUGUAAAUGCAUGAGUUACCCCAUGACUUCUGAAACCUAGGUCUCCAACAGAUCACACUCCCUCCUUGUAGGGGAGGUCUCUGUGCCUGGUCUCCCAACCACCAAGCCUCGUCUUCCCAGCAUCUCCUCGUCGUUUCUGCGACAUCCCUUACCUUCCCUGUGUUCACUAACGACGAUUACUUUUUUCAUAUCCAGAGCUUUUCCUAUCUACCCAACAAAACUCUUGUCAAGACUUCCGAUUUGCCAGGAGGUUAUACAGACAGAUGCUCUCUGUGUUCAGCCGGUGAAUGCCUGAUCCUCACAUCCCGACAACGGCUGUCUGGGACAGCUCUGUGAUGCCACAGUGAGGGAGGUGUCUCAACAUUAACGUCACAAUCCAUGUUCCCUCUAUCACCUCAACAGUAAUUUGUGUUAGCUCUAUAACGUCACAGUGAGGAAGUUUCACAACAUUGAUGUCACACCGUCUGUCCUGUACAUCACUUGAAUGGCAGGGUGUGACAGGUCUGUGACAUCACUGAGAGGGAGAUGUCACAAUAUGGAAUCCCUCUGUUUGCUAUAACUUUGCUGUCAUUCUGUAUUCUGUUAUUGUUUACCUUUGUACUGCCCCAAUGUGCUGAGGGAAUAAAAUUAUCUCUAUGGAUGGCAUACAAAACAAACUUUUUCACUGAACAUUCAUGAACCAAUUAAACCAUUAUCCAUCAGGAGCUCUUUUAAAGAGGGAGUUUCUUAAUCCUUCAGUGGUGCCUGGUAGAUUGUGAGACAUUCCCCUGCCAUAUCCUUGGCUAAAAGGUCUCUCCACUCCAUCAUGAACUCAUGCCUAUUGCAGUCCCUCUCCAAUUCAAGAGCCCUGCUAAAAAUAGAGCCUUGGCACCACCUGAAACUCCUGUUAAAGAUGGAGACACUUCUACAUCAGAGACAGCUGUUGAAGAGAGUGCCUCUCUUCCAUACAGACCUCUGUGAAAGAGCAUGUCUCAACCAUCAGGGAUCCCUAUUUGAGAGGGAAUCUCUCACCCUAUCGGGGAUCAUUGUGAUAGUGUAUGUCCUCACAGCCACAGUGCCUCUGAAAUUGGAAUCCCUCCCACAUCAACACACCCUGUUAUAGAGGGCGUAUCUCCGCCACCAAAAGGUGGAUAGGAAAUCCGUGUAAAAAUGGAAGUUUCUUCCCCAUGAGAAACCCCUUUUAAAGUAGGAGUCUUUGCAUCAUUGUUACCCCUGGCCAGAGAGUUUCUCUCCCUCAUUAAUGAUCAUGUUGGGAAAAAGUCUAUUUCAACCCUGUUCGAAAGGAGGUCUCUCAUCCAUCAGUGACCCUUGUUAAGAGGGGUUACACCCCCCCCCCCCAAUCAGGGACUCCUGAUAAAGACAGAAAUCUGUAUUGAGCAUUCCUGUUGAAAAUCUGUCUCUCCCACGUCCUGGACCCACUUACACUCCCCACUUGUUCAUCAAGGACCUCAAUUUUCCCUACCUGGAAUCCCUUAGCUUCUCCCCCUCACUGACACACCCUACCCCACACUGCCAUCUGUCACUUUCCCUCCUUUUCAUUCGAUUCAUCUCUCUGUGACAAUCUACUCUACAUCUUUCUCUCUGAACAUCUCCUUCUCUCUCAUUGAGAACAGUCUGGAAACUGGCCCUUUGGCCCAACUCGCAAAUGCCUUCCAAACUUCCAACAUGCGUUCGUAGAAGUUGCCUGCAUUUGAUCCACAUCCCUUUGAAUCUCUCCUAUCUAUAUAUCUGCCCAGAAGUCUCAGUUGUAUGGACAUCUGCCACUUCUUCUGACAGCUCGUUCCAAACAGUGUCUUGUAAAAGUAUUGAGCACUAACUAUUUAUGCAUAUAAAUAAGUAUUACAGCCAGUGAUGUUGAUAAAUCUAACUUGAGAAGUUUUAUUUGUGAAUCACAUGUUCCCUUUUUUCACAGUGGAGCCAAACAAAUAGGAAAAAUUGUAAAGCAUGAAAAACUAAAAAUUGAUUGAAACUAAAAACACAAAACUAUCUGUUAGCAGUUCAAAACUCCUUUCCUUAGUACUAGGUUGAACCACCAUUCGCAGAUUUUCAACCAGUAGUCUCUUUGGAUAAGUCUUUAUUUGUUUUGCGCAAUCUGGUGGCAAGACUUGCCCAUUUUUACAGGCUGUGGCAAGUUAGUUGGGCAGCAGUGGAGGACAGCAGUCUCUAGUUUCUGCCUGAUAUGUUCAAUCGGGUUAAGGUCAGGACUCUGACUCGGCCACUCAAGUGCAUCAGUUUUCCUCAUUUGAAGUCACUCCAUGGUUGAUCUGACAGUGUGCUCUGGGUCGUUGUCCUGCUGAAAGACAAGCUUUCUGGCAGAGGCUAACGGGUUUUUAUCCAGAAUCUCUGUAUUUACCAGUAUUGAUUUUCCCAUCAAUUCUCACAAGAUUUUCAAUCCCUGCUGCUUCUGAAAGCCAUCCCAAUCGCAUCAUGCUCACUCCACUAUACUUUACGGUGGAGUGGUGGUAACUGGCUGAAAAGGAUUUACCUGGCACAGUAUCAGAUUUACAUCACACGUACCACUUAGUGUUGAGGCCAAAACAAUCCACUUUUGUCUCACUGGAACAUAAUAACUUCUUCAGCAUAUUUUCAAUAUCUUUUCGGUGAUACUUUGCAAAAUCUUUACGGGCAAGGGUAGGCUUUUUUAAAAAUUUUAUGUUUGAAGUAAAUCUAACACUGCUCAUCAGCCAGGCAAUAUCAUCCGUACAGCAAAGUAUGGUGCAUGUAACAUCAUACUAUGGGGAAUGUUUAUCAGUGGCAGGGAUGAGGAUUCCUGUGAGAUGGCUCUGACGGAUGGAUGGCCUGGUUGCAAGGAGCUGAUGUUGGCUUCACUAGUCCUGAAUCCAGUCUGUAGGCAUCCUACGAUGCUGGACCUCGCAUGGGAAGCUGGAGUGUGGCCAUAGCUGACAGCGUUGGCUGUUAGGAUGAGUAGGACUGAGUUUGGUUAUGGGAACACCAUUAUAAUUACCAUCAUCCUGUCCACUGGACCUGGGCGAGCCCAUCUACAAAUGGCCAUCUGACGACGGGCCACCAGGAGCUGCGCGCAGCCUCACAGUGGAAACUGUACCUCAGACCCUCUUGAGUGACAGCCAAGGGGAGAUGAAGGCUGUGCGGUCGGUCACUGGGUGGAUCUGAUCCUGGAUGAGGAAGUGAGAAGGGAGAGAGGUUAGAUUGUUUCCAAAAUAGGGAUAUUAUUCCAGUAGUGCCGCAUGCACGUGCUGUUUGCAACGAGGGCCCAAGACAGCGUUAUGAAGACAGGAAGCAUGCAGUGAGUGUGGUUGUGAUGCAGGGGACACAGAGGUGUGAAUUAUGAAGUUUGAUUCCACAGUGGACGUGAUGCAGGGGAUAUGGCCAGGAGACACCUGCAUGUCUUCGGGUGUGGGUGUGACACAAGAAUAUGGAGAUGGGAAGUAUGCACUGUGGUCCCGGUGUGGAUCUGACCCCGGGGAUAUAGUGACAUGAUCUAUGUGCGGUGUAGCUAGUGUCGGUCUGACCCAGUUGACAGGUGGCCACGAUGCAUGGUGAUCCUGGUGUGCGUAUCACACAGAUAUAUGGAGAUGGGGAUGAUGCACUGUACUCUCGGGAACGAGCAAGGACAAGGGAAUGAACGUCUUCCUCGUGAUCUUUGUUCCCACAGGGUACAAACUUGGUGGAGAACUCACCAACAAACAGUCGUUGCAAUGACUCUGUAUUUGUUUCAUGGCACUGAAUGCCAAAGUAACUACAGGAAUGAUCCGUGUUCUUCUUGGAAGGCUCAUACACUGUGGUCUCAUUUUCUCUACAGGGGAUCAACAACAGGUUGGCUUAAUAGAGAGCAGGUCUCCAUUUACAUUCCAGUAGAAUGAUCUGAGGACAGGAUGUGUACUUUUGGGGAGACAUGGGGGAAGGCAGAAGAUAUGAUGGAGGACUCAAAGGCCAGACAAAGUACUUAAGAUUUCCAGGUAGUACUUGCAAAACAUAACAUAAAUGUGGCAGGAUGCAAGGACAGGAGUGAAUACAAAGUCCUGACCUGAACCCUAGCAGCAAAAUUGAUUUCCAUUUGGCAGAUGUGGAGAAAAUUAUUCAGAGUUGUUUAACACAUGGAGUUUUGAGAAAAAUAACAUCCACAAAUAAUUCACCCAUAUGGUCCGUUCAGAAAUUUGUGAAUUGGAGACUCACAUAGAUUACUGAGAUUUGAAUAAAGUUACCCCUUCAACUCUCUUAUUGUAGCCACAAUUCCCAAGACUAUGAUUAAGCAGAAUACUGUAGAGGAGCAUUGUGAGUUACUGAAAGAACUACUAUAACUGUUACAGGAGAUUAACCAUAUAAAAGCUCAAAUCAUUAUGCAGUCAGUCAAUUACUUGGAGGUGGUUGUAACCACUGGAAGGAGAGAGAUAGAUAAACAGCAUGUGGAUGUAGUGGCAAAACUACCUCUUCCUACUGAUGUGAAUUUGUUUCUGCGAUUGCUGGGCUAUUGUAGAGACCACAUAGAUGGCUUUGCUGCCAAAGCUUACCCACUUAUGGAGCUCUUGAAGAAAGGUGUUUCAUGGGAAUGGAAACCAGAACACACUAAGGCAGUUUCAGUUCAUAAAACUAGCAUUGUAGAAGCACCUGUUCUCAGGACCCGUGGCCAUGUUACUCGAGGAAACAGAUGGUUGACUGGAACCAGUAGGAUAUGCAUCUCAAACACUUACUCCAGUAGAUGAAACAUAACACAACAUUUAGCAUUAUCCACAGGUGCUGUUUUUCUCAGUUAAAAAUUUCACUUAUGUUGUUGGUCUUAAUCGACUGACCAGUUUAAAAGAGCAUACACCAAAUCAGUUUUCUUUUGAGAUACAGCACUGAAUAUGUCCUUUCAGCCCUUGAGCCGUGCUGUCAGAAAUCACUUUAUUUAAUCCUAGCCAAAGCACAGGACAAUUUGCAAUGGCCAAUUAACUUACAAAUCAGUACGUCUUUGGACUGUGGAAGGAAACCAGAAUGCACGGAGGAAACCCGUGGAAUCACAAGGAGAAUGUGCAAACUCCUUACAGGCAGUGACAGGAACUGAACCCGGAUCAAGGUACUGUAAAUCUUCUGCUAACCACAACGCUACCAUGCCUUCCUAAAUUAGAUCAUCGUAUGAAGGAUGGGAAUGUCAGUGAAACUCAACUAGCCCAAUGGACAUUGCUGUUAUUGGGCCACAAUAUUGCAGUUAACAGCACAACUAUGUCCACUGACAAUUUAACUAAUCGGGUUGAUCCUCGAUUGUCAGGUGAUAGUAGUACAAGAGACGCUUGGAUGAGGCAGGACUAUGAUGUCAGUAUAACAAGCUGCAGCCAACCACUGCUGCUCAGUAAGGAGAGAGCAAGAGAGACAGGCUGGUGGAACUUCAGCUUGUCACUGCUAUGGUUUGGAACUCUCCCAUGCCCAAAAGAUUGGGUUGAUCAUCGGCACGCAGUGCACGACAGAUGUGUGAUUGUCACUUUGUAUAAUCCGUAAGUGCGGAUUUGUUGGAGUAUCCUGUGGUAUCGCUUUUGUUGGCCCUUACCUGGAAUCAGGGUGUUAUGUGGUAACCACUUGAAGACGAUAUUCCUGUGACUGUCACCUGAUGAUAUUUCUAAGUGGAUUUUGGAACAACUCGAUGGAUAAGAUCUUCGGCGACUGUUAUUUUGUUUACCCAGCAUGGAAUUUGUGGGCUUCUUUGUAAUUGCCUUCUGUCUACAUUUUCAUGUGGAUUUACAAAUCUCUCCCCUCACUCACUUAUUCCGUGGAUUACUGAACUUUUCUACUUUACCAUCUGAAGACUUCAAGUAUUGUUUCCCAAGCUUGAUAGUUUGGGAGCUACGUAUAUAUACACACAUAUAUAUGUGCAUAACACUGUUAACUUCUGUUUAUUUCAUUUAAUCUUUUAUAUUUGGAGUAGAUACUAAUAAAGAUACUGGUUUUAACUUUAAAACCUGACUUAGUGUAUGAUCUAUUGCUGCUGGUACGUAAGAAGUGGAAAAUAAAGUCAUGCAAUUGUAAAGUUCCUCUUUAAGGAUCUUUGUUGAUGGAUCAUCAUCAGUUCAGGAUGGAGAGAGACUUACAGGAUGUGGUAUAUGUGUAAAGGACAAGGAAGGAGGAGAAAUGCAAAGUGUUGUCUAAGCCUUUGGAUCGCUCAACUCUCAGUUGUCUAGGGGGAGCAACCGUCAGCCCCGCCAAACUGGGUAAGCAAGUUUGUGUGAAUGCUGUGUAAUGGCCCCAGAACAAACCCACAAUGCAAAAUAUCAGACAGUACACAAUGUACGAUUAAAGAAUUACACUAUAAAUCUUACUUUGACUAUGGGGUUAGUAGAGAAGCAAAAUAUAAAAUAAAAAGGCACCAAGAUAGUUCGUGCACAAUGUUGGAGCUCACGCAGUAUCCUCGGUCCACCAUUCAAUUUCCUCCGAACUCUGCGACCCUCGGACUGGAACCAACCACGGUGGUCUACCAGAGCACUUUCCGCACGGCCUUCCUCUUCGCCUCUCCUCACCGAAACUUCCCAUGCACUCACUCAGGUUCCCACACAUACAGAUAGAAUAACAUGACUUCCAUUGGUUAAUCCCCCGUUAUCUACAAUUAUAACCCAAACAUUUCAGCUACAAUGAACAUUACCUCAUCAGUUAACAUUAUGGAGAAUCCAUUUCAUUAUAACACUUAAGAGAAGCCACUUUAUUAUUAGCAGUUGACAGUUAACAUUACAGUUAAUAUUACUGAGAACCCUACAGUUGCAAUCAAAUUACCUGAAACAGUAUGUGCAUAAGUGGCAGAUCUUGCUGUUAUAACAUUUGUUGUCAGCCAUCUAGACCAAUAUCCCUCAGAAGCAAUCAUAUAUUCAGAUAGUAUGUACUGUUGUAAUUGUUGAACUGUAUCUUUACCAUUAUGGGAAGUUAGAGGUUAUGUCUCAGCAGAUGGUAAACUUUUACCAUCAUCAGCCUUUUUAAAGUUUAUAAUUGAGAAGGCAAGUUCCUAUUUCACUGUACAGCUGAUGCAAAAUCUGAUGAAACUUUGAGGUAAAACAAAGGUUCCACUUUCCUUAUUGACCCCAAUCCAUUAGAACUGCUGAACGGCUGAAAAGAAGUUUAAAAUCAAUGCCAGCUAAAAGGGCUAAACAGCACAGGACCACGUGGGUCACUUGUUUCCUCUACCUUUAUGAUAAUCUGUAACACUGGAGCUUUUUCUACUGCAGAGAAAUGAGAUUGCAGAAUCUUGGUUUCGCUGGAUUUAUCAGAGCCUGAGAAUAAUGGUAUUGUAAAGGAAAAUGGAGUAUAGCAAUUAACACGAUUGACAAUGCCAUUAUGUUGUAGCCCAUAAUAUGGAACAGAAUAAAUGGUAAGUUGAAGCCUAUUUUGACGUGGGAAUAAAACCAAGAGAGUUGAAAAUAGGACAGAAGGUUAUGAUCUCAGUUCAUUAUCCGGACCCUUUUAACAUAUCCAAGAUUUGUUGGACCAUAUGAUGUCGGUGACAGAGCUAGUCCAUCAGUUUAUCAAAUCUAGACAGCUCCAAAUUAGACAGGUUGGUAUUAUAUUAACCAUCUUAAACCCCUUGGAGUUAGUCAAUGUUCAUUUGUAGCUGAGGUCCAUCAGGGGCAUUUUCAAAGGAAUGCUCUGUUUGACAAUGAUGAUACUCUGAGAUUUAUGAUUCAAAUAAUUGCUGAUGAAGAGUUGGGCAACCAUUUCUGGUUUGCACCCAGGCAAGGCAAUCUUUGUAAUCAUCUAAGCAAAGGUGGAGCCAAUGAGAGAGGGAUAUAGAAGGGAGAUUACGUUUAUCACCAGAUGUUCUGGAGAUAAAGCAGGGUGGGUGGAGUAGAUUAAUUGAAUUUAGAGGAGGUAUCGGAUAAUUAGAUGUUCAGAAAAUGCUAUUGCUGUUCUUCUUUCCAGAUAUUUAGAGAUGAUUGGUGUUAGAAUACCACUGAUGAGUGGUCUCAUAAUGACCAAAGGUUACAUGUUCUACACAAUACAGUUUAUUCUUGGUCAGUUGGACAUCCAUCUGGACAAAUGCAAGAUAUGAAGAUAUGGAUGGCGGUGGAUGAGUAUUCACAACAUUCAUGAAGUCUCUUUGGAUUCCAUGAGAUGCUGUGGUAAUAGUAGACUAUGUGGAAGAGGAAAGUGAAGUGGUAAUAUAAAAUUUAUGAAGAACUGAGAUGAAACCUUGUAAAGGAAAUGUUUGUUGAUAAUCCUGGUGGAAUAAUGGUAAUUAAUGUGAGGGAAAGUUUGGAGCAUUAAGAUUGUUACAAGGAUUACCCAUUAGUAUUAAUAACCAGGCAUAGGGAGAAUUUUAAUUUACUGACAAGUAUCCGUCAUCUCAGCAAAAAGUUUCAUGAAUUUACACAACUGCAUGUCAGUGUGCACACAAACUAAAUUUCCCUGUCAAACCACAGAAAAGGCAAUAUCCAGAAAAUAAGUUUAUGUUGGCCAAGUACUCCUUAUGGUCCAGAUCUGAACGCCAUGUGUCAGUGGGGUACUCCACAUCCGUGAUAGUCGGACCCUGGACAGUUGUUGCUGCAUUGCAUUUGAAGCUGCUUGCUUUUAAACACUCUUAUCAGUUCACAUGUUGCUCCAGGUCAUCUGACUAGCCUAAGGAACCUCUGAUCCAAGUCAGUGUUGAUUUAUUGCUCUCUUCCAGAAGUGACAACUGAUAACUUAAUGGCUCUCUGUUCUAAAUCAGUUACCAAACCUCUAUCCAGCACAAAUCACUCAGGGCAGACACAGGUCUCACCAUUCACAAACCUGCAUGUUAUAGCAUAUAACAUGUCACAAACAACUGAUUUAUUUGGAAAUGAUCUCUAGCACAAUAAAUCACCUGACACAUUGUUGUAUCUACUUUAAAAUAUUGAUUCGGUCAAGCAAAACUGGUCCACAAAAUGGAGAAUGGAGAACAGCUUCAUACAGCAGCAGCCGCCAUUCCUUUGACCAUCAAAAGAACAAAGAUAACUGGUUUGUGUACUUCCACUGUCCUUGAUUCACUAAUUUCACUAAUUUGUAGACUGUAGUUCUUUCUGGUUAGCAUGGCAAUCGUGGUAAGUAGUAUUUUGGGUGUUCGGCUUGAAGAGAAAGAGGACAUGUAACUCAAAUACAAUUUCAUUUUGAAUGUAAUGGUGUGCUGAUGUGGACAAAUUAGUAGAGAGUCAUGUGACCCAGCUAACUCAAUCCCAGUUGCUCUGGAGUGUCAAAGUCUUCUAUGAAUACCUUACGCCAAUGUGAAAUUGGUUGCUGUGACAACCAUUGAAAUGACAACUGUUGCUAGUCACUUGUGUGAUGAUUUUAAGACAGAUACAAACUUGCAUUAGAAGAACCAGAAGGAGGAAUCAUGUAAGUACCAGGAUAUAGAAAUCUGAAAGUGUUGUUCAACUUGAGAUCAGCACAAGUUCUUGCUGGCAUGGAAUAAGAUUCCAGAAGAUUUGCAAGCAUUAUUAAUUGGACAUUUUGGUUCAUAAUGUUGGGAAAUAUCAAGAAGGACUCUGGAUUUCACUUACUAAUCCAUGUAUUUAUAGUAUUAAAUAGCAAGGAUGUGCAAGGAGAGUAAAUUUGACUUCCAGUCAUCAAAAAGCAAAAUAUUGGGUUUGUUUGGAGGAUGUAGUUAAGAGUAGGUUAACAGAUUGUGGGCUUGUUUCUUAUGAUGAAUGUUCUGCCUUUUUCCCCUGUGAAUAACCUAAUAUUGGCAUUGGUGAAUGAUACUUAUACUGCUACUCCAAGCACACAUUAGGACAAGGGCUCUUAAAGUUGCAGUUUGAUUGAUUAACUCUAAUGUUGCAAUUUCCAGUGUUUCAAGGGAUUUAGUUUUAUUGCACAAGUAUAACCAAAACCAGUUGUACAACCAUUGAGUCAACUGAAUGUAUAUACAGCAUCUAUGAUAUUGUUAAGGCCGUACUCAGAUAUGUACCUAAUGCUCUUCCACCUAUUGCUCAUUUUACUGCACAGUAGAAUAACAUUAUUAACCAUAAUGAAGCCGUUAUGAGACAAUGGGGUGAAUUAUCCAAUUAUUAAAGAUCAUGCGUCUUUAGCUUAUGAUAUUUUGUACUUUUUAACUGGGGUCUGAAUGUUAAUAAACAUCCUUGGAUUCAUAUUAUUUCACGUGUCAUUGUACUGCUCUUUGUUCUAAUGAUUAUCCAAUGUAUUUUCCUAAGUGCUUUUUGGAUGGCAACUUGAACAACUUGCUAAAUACCUGUCCAAAUCUCUUUUUGGUGAUUCUCCCUGAAUAAUAAUAUUGUUUUUGAUUACGAUGAACUUUUACCUCUUAUAUUUUAUUCACUGCUGUUAUAUGCUCUGAUAUUAGGUAGGAAAUUAGGUUUACCUUAUGUGUUGUCUUUAUGACAGUUAUUUAGUUCAUAAUAUUUUCGCUUAGUAAUUCAUUUGUUAGUAUUUUCUAGUUAGAAUUAGAAGUGUUUAAAGUAUAUUCAUUGCCUGUAAAAUAUAUCGGCAUGCGAUGACGUCACAUCCGGUUUCGCCACGUCUCGUGGGAAAAUACCGGUUUGAGAUCAACACGAGGGUGGGGGCUCACCACGAGGCAGACCCGAGCAAGAAGUUGUUUUGCAGGCAUGAGAAAUCACAGUGAGAGCAACGCUGUAAGUUAAUAGAUAAUCAAUAUAUUGAACUAAGAUGUUAACGCCGAUCCUGUUAAAAGUAACGACGGUUGAUAAUGUUUAUGUUUUCGUUAGUUAAAGAGUUGCGGAUAGUUUGCAUUGAAGUGUAUUUAAAGUAGUCAAUGGCAUAGGUAAACUCUGCCUGUAUACUGCACCUUAAUAUAAUGUAGUUAUAGUCACUUUUACAAGUAUUUACAAUGGAAAUGUGAUAUUAAGAAAGGAACAAAUACUGUAUCAAUCUUGUACUGUU